AUGAGCAGCAAAGUCUCUCGUGACACCCUCUACGAGGCGGUGCGGGAAGUCCUGCAUGGGAACCAGUGCAAACGCAGAAAGUUUUUGGAGACUGUGGAGCUGCAGAUCACUUUGAAGAGCUAUGACCCUCAGAAGGACAAGCGUUUCUCAGGGACAGUCAGGCUUAAGUCCACCCCACGCCCCAAGUUCUCUGUGUGUGUUCUUGGGGAUCAGCAGCACUGUGAUCAAGCCAAGGCUGUGGAUAUCCCCCACAUGGACAUCGAAGUGCUCAAAAAACUCAACAAGAAUAAGAAACUGGUCAAAAAGCUGGCCAAGAAGUAUGAUGCCUUUUUGGCCUCUGAAUCCCUGAUCAAGCAGAUCCCAAGAAUCCUAGGUCCAGGGCUGAAUAAGGCUGGUAAGUUCCCUUUUCUGCUGACCCACAAUGAGAACAUGGUGGCAAAAUUAGACGAGGUGAAGUCCACCAUCAAAUUCCAGAUGAAAAAGGUCCUGUGUCUGGCAGUGGCUGUUGGCCAUGAGCAGUUACUUGUGUCUGUGCGGGUCCUGCUCAGGCCUCUCCAGCAGUACCUUGGGAAAAAGGCCUGGCAGUCUGCAUCUGAAAGGUCUCAGCCUUGA